AUGUCUCAGUCAUUAAUAAUAUUCAAACCUUCUGGUAAUGUGGAAUAUCAAUAUAAUAAUAAAAUCCAUCCAUUCAAUGAAUUCAUUUCAUCCUUAGUUAAUGAAACAGUUACUACAAUUUCAUUAAAUUUCACAACCAAGACAAUUAACAAUAAGCGUUUUUAUUGUUAUAGUAAAGACGAUGUUUAUGUAUCCCUAUAUUUUGAUAGUAUUACCACCAUAGAUAACGAUCAAAUUAGACAAACUUUAUCAGGUAUUCAUAAAACAUAUGUAAAAUUGGAAGAAAAUGAAGAAGAACAUACUGAUAAAUUGAAAAAAAUGGUUGAUUUGCAGUUUAACAAUUUGAUGAAAUUAAAACAACAACAACAACCUACAGAAGAAGUAACCAGGGAAUCCACACCUAUUAGUAAUGUUAACAGUGGCACAUCUACUCCAAAUAAAGGUAAACAGCAAUCAUCAAGUAAAAAGAUGAGAAAAUGGGAUAACGGAGAAAUGGUUGAAAAUGUUGAUGGAGGUGCAUUGGAUUAUUCUGGUGCUCAAGAUGGUGAUAUUACAAGUGGUAAAUUACCAGAAUUAAAAGUGGAUAAUUCUGCAUUUAUCAAAGAUCAUGAUUUGGUUCUUGUCAAUGAAUUGAAUGAUAUUUUGAAUGAAUCCGAUGACGACGACGAAGAUGAAGACGUUCAAUCAUCUAGUAAAUCAGGUGGAUUCUUUUCCAAGAUUUCUUCGUACUUGGGUGGAUCUAUUGACUUGAAUGAAGUAUCGAAACAAUUUAAUGAUCAAUUGAUGUCGAAGAAUAUUGCUCCUGGUACAUCCAAACAAAUCAUUGAAAAGAUCAAGAACAAAUUAUCAGGUAAUAAAAAAGUCACCAUGUCUAUGUAUAAACAAGCAUUGACUGACGAAUUAACCAAAAUUUUAACACCAAACGUUUCUACUGAUUUGUUACAUGAUAUCAAAAGAAAUGCCGAAACCAAUACAAGACCAUACGUUAUCUCCGUUGUUGGUGUCAAUGGGGUUGGGAAGUCAACAAAUUUAGCUAAAUUGGCUUAUUGGUUAUUACAAAAUAACUUUAAUGUAUUGAUUUGUGCCUGUGAUACGUUUAGAUCCGGUGCUGUUGAACAAUUGAAGGUUCAUGUGAACAAUUUGAAUAGAUUAAAUGAAAAUUCUGAAAAUUCCAAAAUCGAUCUUUUCGAAAAAGGUUAUGGUAGUGGGGAUCACGUUGUUCAAACGGCUAAACAAGCUAUCCAAUAUGCAACUGAUCAUAAAUUUGAUAUUGUUUUAAUUGAUACCGCUGGUAGAACCCAUUCAAAUGCUAAACUAAUGGCACCAUUAAAGAAAUUUGGCGAUGCUGCUAAUCCAAAUAAGAUUAUUAUGGUUGGUGAAGCAUUAGUUGGUACCGAUUCGGUUGAACAGGCAAUAAACUUUAAUAAUGCAUUUGGUAACAAGAGAAGCUUAGAUUUUUUCAUUAUUUCUAAAGUUGAUACUGUGGGAGAUUUAGUUGGUACUAUGAUUAAUAUGGUCAUGGCAACCAAAGUGCCAAUAUUAUUUGUUGGUACGGGUCAAACAUAUACUGAUAUUAAAAGAUUGAGUGUUAAACAAGUAGUUGAAAUGUUGAUGAAAUAA